AGAUCACGUAGCGCAACAUCAUCAAGUGCUAUAACACGAUGACCUCCACCUUUUCACGUGAGGAUUUUUGGCAGGAAGCGAGAAUCUCAAGAAUUUGCCCGCUCUUCGAGGGCGCUGGUAACCAGUCAGAGCUCAUAAUUAAAGCUUGUGAUGACGAGAUUGCCAUGGCCCAAGCGUACAUCCAGGCCAUCAGCGCUCGUCGCAAUGCCUUGCUUCCCGUCAACCUACUUCCGUCAGAGAUCAUUGGGUCUAUCUUUUCUCAACUUCUUCCUGUAAUCAAAGUGGAGAACCAACACGAUCCAGCUUACGACGACACCGCCAACGAAAUAGCUUCAGCAACACGAUCCAUCAUCGCCGCUUCCCAUGUUUGUCAGUGCUGGCGCGCCGUUUCAGUAGGAGUCUCCGCUCUGUGGGCGGUUCUCUGGAUGGGUAAUGGGCCAUGGAUGCGCGAGAUGAUCAGACGUUCCAACGAUGCGCCUCUCACUAUCAUACAGGAUUCUCGAUGGGCCCACCAUCCAUUCCGAGUGUCACGAGGAUUCAUAGAAAAUCCUCGCUCUGUACAUGUAGACUAUCUCGAGUCCAUCUCUGCCGACCUAUUUCGCAGCAAACAGCCGAAAUAUCUAUGUGUAGAGGCUCCCCAGACCGGUGGUACGUCGAACUUCGAAGAGUUCAUCACACGAGCCGCUCCUCGUCUCGAAACUCUGGUGUUACAUGCUAUGAUAUCGGACGGCGAUCGUGGCGCAAUGUCUAUUCCUCGGGAUCUCCUUGGAAGAUGCGCCCCAGCAUUGACGACCUUGGUCAUCAGGGGCUCUUUUACCCAUGAAGCCCUAUGGACAUCGCCUGUCCUUAGCGGGCUUACUAGUCUCACACUAUACACGCAGCCCAGUGCGACUGUAAUGAUGGUGCUGGGCUCACAAAAAGAAGUAAGCCUGUGCGAUGUUCUCGAUGCAUUGCGGAAUAUGCAUAAAUUGGAAACUCUAUCCAUCGAGUUUCCCUGUCUCAGUGCCAACAUCGCCCAACCAUUAUAUUUUUCGCAGUCCGGUGUAGUCGAUGGCGCUCGGGUACACCUCCCUCGACUCUCAACCUUGCGUUUAAUGGGGAAUGAAACCGAUGCCGCGCGGCUCACAA